AUGGAGGCUGGAAAUGAAAAUGGUGGUCCUGACCUGCGCUUUGAAUUCAUGGGAUCUUAUGUGCAGAAGACGCUGAAGCUGAAGCCAGAAAAAUGGCUGAGAGUGGUGACAGUGGAGGAGCACAAAGCAAUUAUAAAGGAGUUUCUAGACAGGCCAACUCCUGUGCACUUAGUGAUUCUUCUCACGCCAUCGGCACAAUUAAUUCCCUGCACGACGUUUCCCCUGACGCAGCUCAAGACGAAAGGGGUGUACUUCAUCAAGAAGUACCCACAGGAGGUGCCUCGGGAGAAUUGCCAGGAUAUGCUGAUUGUUGGUGAUUUGGCAACGAGAACUAUUGAUCAGUUGUCAACGCUGGUAGAUGAAAUAUUCGUUCCGUUGCUCUCGAAUCCGCAAAACCACAAAGGUUGGCCAGAGAUGGUGGCUCAAGAUGUGCAGAAGCACGUUCACAGUCUCAAGAGCACGGUUUAUCAGGUGAAGGGCCAAGUGAGUGGCCAAACUGUUCUCCCAAUGCCAGUGGGAGUGGAGAAAGUGAUAAAGGCAGCCCAGGACAUAAAUGCGGACAAGGAGUGUGCAGUGGAUCUAUAUCUCAAGAGUGCCAUCGAGGGAGUGGUGAUAAAGUGGGCCACCCAGAUUAAUGAUGUGAUGAUUGAGAAUCCCAACAAUGCCUUCAACGGUGGGGCCAAUCCGUCGCCCAGUGUGGAGUUGAAUUUCUGGAAUAGUCGCUUGAAGAAUCUCAACUACAUUUAUGAUCAGCUCAAGAAUGAGCGGGUGCGGUGUAUGGCAUUGAUUCUCGAACAUACCGACAGUGCAUACUUCCCCUGCUUCAAGAAUCUCUUUAAGAAUGUCGUAACAGCUCUCGCUGAAUCUAAAGACAUCACGCUCUACAUUAAUCCUCUACAGAAGCACUUCACAUCGAUUGAGGAGUCGGAUUUCUCUGAGUCGAAGAUCCUCAUUAAGCCAAUGAUGCACGUUGUUUGCCUUCUAUGGGCCAAUUCACGCUACUAUUGCCACUCAUCAAAGUUGAUUGUGCUGCUGAAGCAGAUAUCCAACUUGCUUAUUCAUCAGGCUAAGCGAUAUCUCGAUCCUUCGAGUAUUUUUCACACCGACAUCGACGAAGCAAUGCAGAGAAUCUCCUUCUCCAUUCAACUUCUGAAGCACUUUAGGCAGAUUUUCGAUGAGUGCAAGGAGAAUCUCGCAUCUUACUUUACAGAUCGUCCUCCGAUUCACUGGACUUUCCAUCCCAACGCUGUAUUUGAUCGCUUCAAUGCAUUUCUCGAUCGUCUCAACACAAUUCAAUGGUUCUUCUACACUGUGAUUGAGUUCCUGAAGCUGGAGAAGGUGGAAAUAGGCGGGCUGAAGGGGCGCAAUUUGAGUGCAAGAAUCACUGCUGUGUCAGUGGAGUUCAAUCACUGCUUCUCACAAUUCUCAGCAAAGACCUAUGAUGUUCUGGAUCCAGAUGAUCCGUCAUUUAAGGAGGACUUUGUCAAGUUCCAAGAGAGAAUCCUCGAACUUGAUCUCAAAUUGGCUGCAAUUCUGUGUCAAGCAUUUGAUGAUUGUCACAAUUUGGAGAGCGUAUUCAAGCUGAUCAGCAUUGUGGGCAGUGUGCUGGACAGGCCGAAGAUCAAGGAAGAAUUCACCAACAAGUACUCGGAGAUACUGAAGAUGCUGGACGAGGAGAUUAGCAUGUGCGAAGAUAUCUAUCAGAUGCAAAUGAGCUACCUGGAGAGGGAAGGUCACCUGUUUAUUGACCAAAGCUGCCCACCGGUGACCGGCUGCUUGCGCUGGGUUAUGCAACUGUCUGGUCGUCUGACGCCGCCAGUUAAAAGCUUCCAGUCACUUCAACACCCCGUGACUAAGACACCCGAAGCUCUUGAACUUGUUAGGCGCUAUGAGAAAUUGAUGGAGCUGCUGUCUGUGUUUGAGGACAGAGUGUUUAAUGAAUGGCGCGAAAAAGUGCCUGAGCAGAUUGAACUGAAUCUGCAGAAGUCUCUGAUGAUCAGGCAUGAAUUCACGAAAUUGUUAUCAUUGAAUUUUAGCCCGCAACUCUUUGCCAUACUGAAGGAAGUGCACUAUCUGAAGCUGAUGGGCAAGGAGGGCAUCCCAGAAGUGGGAAUUCAGUUCUCUGAGAAAAGUGAAACGUACAGAGGAUACACUUUGUCUCUCGAGAGAACAAUUGACUGGUAUAAUGAGAUCCUCGAAAAUUCCACAACAGUCGAAUUGGAGUUGAUUGAAGAGGAAAUCCAGAUGAUUGACACACUCCUUGAGGUCGGAAUUUCCGAGUUGACUUGGAAUUCAGAAAACAUAAUGGAUUACUUGACAAAGCUGAGGACACCUGUGGAGUGUCUUCAGCAACGCAUGCAAAACAUUCAGAAGAACCUGGCAGAAAUGCGACAAAUCUUGGGCGCGUGGUCAAGACUACCACUCUUUGAGCGGAAGGAUGGGAAGAAGGACACAGUGCUGUGUCUGGAUGAGAGAUCGGACAGGAUUGCAAAGCGUUAUGCAGACAUUGAGGCGGCCUCGACAAAAAUUCAAGAACUGUUGGCGGAAAAUGUGGAGCUGUUUGGUAUGCAGGAGAAGCAAAGUGCGCCAAUUUGGCAAGAUUACGUCGCAUUCAUUGACAAUAUUGUUUAUGAGAACCUCUUGUUGGCCGUUGGCGUCAGCAUGAGUUAUUUGUCCGACCACAUGGAUCCGAGCAAUAAUUUUGCCCCGCUAUUUGAGUCACGUCUGGAGCUGCUGGAUCCCGAUCUGAUCUUUGUUCCCUCGCUGGAUCCCAAUGAUCCCAAGGGAUUCAAUCACCUCCUGGCUGGACUGAUAGUGGACAUCGCAAAGAUGUCUUCGCUUAUGUCGCGAAUAAAGCCAGACAGCACGGAUUCCUACGAGAGAAUCAUCACAGAACAUCCGGACAUAAUAGAGAUGAAGGAGGAGAUUUUGGAUGGAGUUGAGAAGGUUGUUCAGGAAGCUGCGGAGUUUUGCCGCGGUUUCGAAAGAUACUCAUAUUUGUGGUUAGAUGAUAGAGUGCAGUGCAUGGAGUUAUUUCUGGAGUAUGGAAGGAUUCUGGAUAUUGACGAGAUUGAUCUGAUUGUGGUGAAAGAUCCAGCAGCUCCUCAGCCAUCACAACCCACAAUUGAGGCUUUUAGAGAGCAGAUUGACAAUUAUGAGUCUCUGUCGCAGGAGAUCGAGGACAUCGAACCCUUCCAGGUCUUCAACUCCUGGUUCCAGGUCGACGUUCGUCCCUUCAGGCAGGCCCUAAUCAACACUGUGAGAAAGUGGGGCAACAUGUUCAAGGAGCAUCUGGUCAACAGAGUGACUACCAAUCUCUCUGACCUGGGAAACUUUAUCCGGAAAGCUGACGAAGGCCUCUUGCAGCCAGUGAAGGAGGGUGAUUACGAAGGAUUGGUCAACAUCAUGGCUUAUUUGCUGCACGUGAAGGAAAGAGGUGCUACAACGGAUGAGAUGUUCGAGCCAAUGCAGGAGACAAUUGAAUUGCUGAAAUAUUAUGACAUGGACAUCCCUGAGGAAGUGAAUGUCCUUCUCCAGGAAUUGCCUGAACAGUGGGCAAAUACCAAGAAGAUCGCCAUCACGGUGAAGCAACAAGUUGCUCCACUUCAGGCGGCAGAAGUCGUUGGAAUUCGCAAUAGGAUACAGACCUUUGACCAGCAUGUCACCUUCUUUAGGGAUGUUUUCCGCAAUUAUGACUUCUUCAGGUACGAAUGCGAAGACCCUUAUAGAUUGGCGGACAGAAUCAAUGGAGAUAUUCUGAGGCUGGAGAAUGAGAUGAAAGAUAUCCAAGGAUCUGGAAGUCUCUUUGAAGUGAAUGUCCCUGAAUUCAAGCCGCUGAGGCAGUGCAGAAGAGAGUUGAGAAUGCUGAAACAACUUUGGGACUACGUCUUUAUUGUGCGCACAAGUAUUGAAGAUUGGAAGACAACUCCUUGGCGGAAAGUUGACGUAGAGAACAUGGAUAUUGAGUGCAAGAAGUUCGCCAAGGAUAUUCGUCUUCUGGACAAGGAGAUGCGAUCGUGGGAUACUUAUGUGACUUUGGAGGCCACCGUGAAGAACAUGCUGACAUCUCUGCGCGCUGUGGGUGAGCUGCAGAAUCCCGCCAUUCGCGAGAGACACUGGAAUCAGUUGAUGGUUUCCACAAAGCAUUUGGCGAGUCUGCCCAAAGAGAUUACCGUUCAAUUCAUCAUGGAUCAUGACACCACGCUCUCAGAUCUCCUGGCGCUAAAUCUUCACCAAUGCGAGGAUGAGGUGAAGACCAUCGUGGACAAGGCUGUGAAGGAGAUGUCCAUGGAGAAGAUCCUCAGGGAUCUCAAUACAACGUGGUCAGCAAUGGAAUUUGAUCAUGAAACACACGGCAGAACGGGAUGCAAUCUCUUGAAGGCUUCUGAGGAGCUGAUUGAGACUCUGGAGGAUAACCAAGUUGUUUUGCAGAAUCUCAUCACGUCCAAAUUUAUAGCCCACUUCCUGGAAGAGGUGUCCACGUGGCAGAAGAAGUUGAUGAUCGCCGAUCAGGUGAUCACAGUGUGGUUCGAAGUGCAGCGCACCUGGACUCACUUGGAGAGCAUCUUCAUGAGUUCUGAGGAUAUCAGAAAGCAGCUGCCAGUGGACUCUGAUCGAUUUGACAGAAUCGAUGCGGAAUUCAAGAUUCUGAUGAAGGAAAUGUCUGUGACAUCCAAUGUUAUCAACUCAACAAAUCGCGAUGGAUUGUGUCAGCGUCUGGAGGCGUUGCAGCAGGAAUUGACACUGUGUGAGAAGGCUCUGGCUGAGUAUUUGGAGACAAAGCGACUGGCUUUCCCGAGAUUCUACUUUGUGUCCUCGGCGGAUCUUCUGGACAUCCUCAGCAAUGGGACAGAGCCUGAUUUGGUGGUGAAGCAUUUGACAAAGCUUUUCGACUCAAUCGCCAAGUUGAAUUUCAUAAAAGAUCCCAAUGGAGGAUCUCACAGGAAAGCCCUUGGAAUGGUGGCCAAAGACAGCGAAUAUGUGGAGUUUAACGAGGAGGCAGAUUGUGCGGGAGCUGUUGAGGUGUGGCUCAAUCGCAUCCAGGAAUGCAUGAGAAAAUCCCUCUGUCACUACAUCGCCGAUGCUGUGGUGGCUUAUGAGGAGAAGCAGAGAGAACACUGGCUGUUUGACUAUCCAGCUCAAGUGUCUCUGUGCGGAACACAGAUUUGGUGGACAACAGAGGUGAAUAUCGCGUUUGGACGUCUGGAAGAGGGAUAUGACAAUGCCAUCAAGGAUUACCACAAGAAACAAGUCUCUCAGCUGAGUGUCCUCAUUUCCCUACUCUUGGGAGAGCUCAGCAAGGGAGACAGACAGAAAAUCAUGACCAUCUGCACAAUUGACGUUCAUUCCCGAGACGUGGUCAGCAAAUUAAUACAGUCCAAAGUGGAAAGUGCAUCGGCAUUUCAGUGGCAAUCACAACUAAGGCACAGGUGGGAUGAUAAGGAGUACGAUUGUUUUGCCAAUAUCUGCGAUGCUCAAUUUCGCUAUAGUCAUGAAUAUUUGGGCAACACUCCUCGACUAGUGAUCACUCCUUUAACCGAUCGCUGCUACAUAACUCUGACACAAUCUCUUCAUCUCGUUAUGGGUGGAGGACCCGCAGGACCUGCUGGUACGGGAAAAACGGAGACAACCAAGGAUCUGGGGAGAGCUCUUGGCAUCAUGGUUUACGUGUUCAAUUGCUCAGAACAAAUGGACUACAAAUCCUGUGGGAAUAUCUACAAAGGACUGGCUCAGACCGGAGCUUGGGGAUGCUUCGAUGAGUUCAAUCGUAUUUCAGUGGAAGUAUUAUCUGUGGUGGCCGUGCAAGUGAAGUCCGUUCAGGAUGCCAUCAGGGACAAGAAGUCCCUGUUCAACUUUAUGGGCGAAAUGAUAGCUUGCGUGCCAACAGUGGGAAUUUUCAUCACCAUGAAUCCCGGAUAUGCAGGACGAACGGAAUUGCCGGAGAAUUUAAAGGCCCUCUUUCGUCCUUGCGCCAUGGUUGUGCCGGAUUUUGAACUCAUCUGCGAAAUCAUGUUGGUCGCCGAGGGAUUUCAGGAGGCCAGAGUGUUGGCCAGAAAGUUCAUAACUCUCUAUACGCUCUGCAAGGAGUUGCUGUCGAAGCAGGAUCACUACGAUUGGGGAUUGCGUGCCAUAAAGUCCGUACUCGUUGUGGCUGGUUCGCUGAAGCGAGGUGAUCCCGGGAGGCCCGAAGAAGAGGUGCUCAUGAGAGCCCUCAGGGAUUUCAACAUUCCGAAAGUCGUCACUGAUGAUAUGCCAGUUUUUAUGGGGUUGAUUGGAGACCUCUUCCCAGCACUGGACGUGCCCCGGAAGAGGGAUCAAGACUUUGAGAAGACCGUCAAGCAGGCGGCUUUAGAUUUGCUACUACAGCCAGAGGAUAACUUUAUCCUGAAAGUGGUGCAGCUGGAAGAGCUGCUAGAAGUGAGACAUUCGGUAUUUAUCGUAGGAAAUGCCGGAACAGGAAAGACACAGGUGUGGAAAACACUGUUCAGGACGUAUCAGAAUGUCAAGAGAAAGCCCCUCUUCAAUGACCUGAAUCCGAAGGCUGUCACUAAUGACGAACUCUUUGGGAUCAUCAAUCCAGCAACGAGAGAGUGGAAAGACGGACUAUUUUCUGUGAUCAUGAGGGAGCAGGCGAACUUGAGUGGAGACAAUCCCAAGUGGAUAGUUCUGGAUGGGGACAUUGAUCCCAUGUGGAUUGAGAGUUUGAACACUGUGAUGGACGACAACAAAGUUUUGACCCUGGCCUCAAAUGAGAGAAUCGCUCUGACGCCCACAAUGCGUCUCCUGUUCGAGAUCUCCAAUCUCAGAACAGCCACACCGGCCACUGUCUCCCGCGCUGGAAUUCUCUACAUCAAUCCUCAAGAUUUGGGAUGGAAUCCCUACGUGACCAGCUGGAUAGAGACUCGAAAAGUGCCGGCUGAGAAGUCUAAUCUCGUGAUUCUCUUCGACAAAUACAUUCCGCCAUGUCUGGACAAUAUUCGAUGCAGAUUCAAGAAAAUCACUCCAAUUGCUGAGAUGGCACAUGUUCAGAUGCUGUGUCAUCUUCUGGAUUGCCUACUAACGCCACAAAACACUCCGGCAGACUGUCCGAAAGAGUGGCACGAUCUCUAUUUUGUCUUUGCCUGCGUUUGGGCCUUUGGAUCUUCAAUGUUCCAAGAUCAGGCGAUUGAUUACAGGAUUGAAUUCAGCAAAUGGUGGGUGAAUGAGUUCAAAUCCGUCAAGUUUCCAACGGGAGGCACAGUGUUUGACUACUACAUCGACACGGAGACGAAGCAAUUCACCGUUUGGACGGAGAAAGUGCCCAAAUUCGAGUUGGAUCCUGAUCUUCCACUUCAAGCGGUGUUGGUUCACACGGCGGAAUCAAUCAGAAUUAGAUUCUUUCUGGACUUGCUGAUGGCGAAGAAGCAUCCGGUGAUGCUGGUGGGAGCUGCGGGUUGUGGCAAGACUGUCCUGGUCAAUGAAAAGCUAUCUGGCCUGUCUGAGAACUAUGCUGUGACCAAUGUGCCAUUCAACUUCUACACUUCAUCAGAGAUGCUACAGAAGAUCCUGGAAAAGCCACUGGAGAAGAAAGCUGGCCGAAACUAUGGUCCGCCAGGAAAUAAGACUCUCAUUUACUUCGUGGACGACAUGAAUAUGCCUGAAGUGGACUGCUAUGGAACAGUUCAGCCUCACACUCUCAUCAGGCAGCAUCUUGACUAUGGGCAUUGGUACGACAGGAGUAAAUUGACCAUCAAGGACAUCCACAAUUGCCAGUACGUGUCUUGCAUGAAUCCUACGUCAGGAAGUUUUACCAUAAAUCCACGGCUCCAGAGGCAUUUUUGUGUCUUUGCCGUUAGUUUUCCCAGCAAUGAUUCUCUAACUACGAUCUACCUGUCCAUCCUGAACCAACACUUUGCUAAUGCUGAGCAGAAGUUCAACAUUUGUGUGACAAAGAUUGCGCCUAACAUCGUAUCGGCUUCCUUGGCCCUUCACGCUAAGGUAUCGCAGGUGUUCCUGCCCACGGCCAUCAAAUUCCACUACGUCUUCAACCUCAGAGAUCUCAGCAACAUGUUCCAGGGUCUGCUAUUCAGCACCAAUGAUUGCUUGGGCAGUGCCACGGACAUGAUCCGUUUGUGGCUCCACGAGACACAGAGAGUGUAUGGUGACAAGCUCACGGAUGACAAGGAUAUCGAUAGCUUCACGAAGAUGCAAACGGACAUCGUGAAGAAGUCUUUUGAGGAACUCGAUGAGAGCAUUGUGUUCGACAAACCGAAUAUCUUCUGUCACUUUGCUGGUGGCAUAGGAGAGCCUAAGUACAUGCAAAUCCCCGAUUGGGGAUAUCUGACCAAGCUCCUUCAGGAGGCUAUGGUAUCCUACAACGAUCUGGUGGCCGCGAUGAAUCUGGUUCUCUUUGAAGACGCCAUGAUGCACGUGUGCCGGAUCAAUCGCAUACUGGAGUCGCCAAGAGGGAGUGCUCUGCUUGUUGGCGUGGGUGGCAGUGGGAAGCAGUCUCUCUCCCGCCUGGCGGCUUUCAUAUCAAGUUUGGAGGUGGCCCAGAUACAGCUGAAGAAGGGCUACGGCGUGCUGGAUCUCAAAAACGAACUAUCCGGGCUGUAUCUCAAGUCAGGAAUGAAAAAUGUGGGCAUAAUGUUUCUCAUGACGGACGCCCAAGUGCCGAAUGAGCAAUUUCUGGUACUCAUAAACGAUAUGUUGGCCUCUGGAGAGAUCCCAGAUCUCUUUCCCGAUGACGAGGUGGAGAACAUCAUCGCGGGUGUCCGGAAUGAAGUGAAGGGAGCUGGAAUGGUGGACUCCCGCGAGAAUUGUUGGAAGUUCUUCAUUGAUCGCGUCCGGCGGCAACUCAAGGUGGUUCUUUGCUUCUCCCCCGUGGGAUCGACGCUACGUGUGCGUUCCCGGAAGUUCCCAUCCUUUAUCAACUGCACAUCCAUCAAUUGGUUCCAUGAAUGGCCUCAGGAGGCUCUUGUUUCUGUCUCAAUGCGAUUCCUGCAGGAGCUGAGUGUCCUCCCGGAGACUUUUAUGGACUCCGUGGCCAGAUUCAUGUCCUACGUCCACACAUCCGUCAACACCACGUCCAAAAUCUAUCUGCAGAAUGAGAGACGCUACAACUACACCACUCCCAAGUCCUAUCUUGAACAGAUCAGUCUGUACUCCAAGCUCCUGAAGCAGAAGCACGCUGAGUUGCAGAGCAAAAUUGAGAGGCUAGAGAAUGGUCUUGAGAAGUUGAGAACCACAGCGGCUCAAGUGGCGGAUCUCAAGCUUAAGCUUGCCGUCCAGGAAGUUGAGCUCAAGGAGAAGAAUGAUGCUGCCGACGCACUGAUUGAGAUUGUUGGUGUGGAAACGGAGAAAGUUCAAAUUGAAAAGCAAAUAGCCGAUGAGGAGGAGAUGAAAGUGGCCAUAAUUGCUGAGGAAGUCACCAAGAAACAGAAGGACUGCGAGGAGGACUUGCUGAAAGCAGAACCUGCUCUUAUUGCCGCCCAGGAAGCGCUCAAUACCCUUAACAAGGCCAAUUUGACUGAGUUGAAGUCCUUCGGAUCACCGCCAGGAGCUGUGACCAACGUCACGGCGGCUGUAAUGGUUCUCCUGGCUCCCAAUGGAAAGAUACCUAAGGACAGGAGCUGGAAGUCAGCGAAGCUCGUCAUGGCGAAAGUCGAUGCCUUUCUGGAUGCACUCAUUCACUAUGACAAAGAGAACAUUCAUCCGGAAAUUAUCAAGUCCAUUCAGCCUUAUUUGAAAGAUGCCGAGUUUGAACCAGAGUUUGUGCGAUCGAAGUCUGCCGCCGCGGCUGGACUUUGUGCGUGGGUGAUCAAUAUCAUUAAAUUCUACGAGGUUUAUUGCGACGUGGAGCCCAAGAGAAAGGCUUUAGCUCAGGCGAAUGCCGAACUUGCAGCUGCUCAAGAAAAGUUAGCCAUCAUCAAGAAGAAAGUUGCUUCACUGGAGGAGCAAUUGGCCAAGCUGACGGCAGACUUUGAGCAAGCAACGGCUGAAAAAUUACGUUGUCAACAGGAAGCGGAUGCCACGCAAGCGACCAUUCAGCUGGCAAAUCGCUUGGUGGGCGGCCUGGCCAGCGAGAACGUGCGAUGGGCAGAAGCUGUGGCGGAAUUUAUGGCUCAAGGAACUACUCUUCCCGGAGAUACUCUCCUGAUAACUGCCUUCAUUUCCUACGUGGGAUGUUUCACGAAGCAAUUUCGUCUGGAUUUGAUGAAUAAGAUGUGGCUUCCCUACUUGAGAGCCUUAGAACCACCGAUUCCCAUCACUGAAGGCCUGGAUUCGCUGACACUCCUCACGGACGACACAACUGUGGCUAUUUGGCACAACGAAGGUCUUCCCAGUGACCGGAUGUCCAUUGAAAAUGCCACCAUCCUGUCCAACUCUGACCGCUGGCCCCUGAUGAUCGACCCCCAACUGCAGGGGGUCAAGUGGAUCAAGCAAAAGUAUGGGGAGGGCUUGAAGGUGAUCAGGAUAGGGCAGAAAGGAUAUCUGGACAUUAUCGAGAGAGCCCUCGCGAAGGGCAACACAGUGCUGAUUGAGAACAUCGGGGAGAAUUUGGACCCAGUGUUGGAUCCUCUCUUGGGGAGAAAUUUGAUAAAGAAAGGUCAAGCAAUUAAGAUUGGAGACAAAGAAGUGGAGUACAAUUCCAACUUUCGAUUGAUACUGCAUACGAAACUCGCAAAUCCUCACUACAAACCUGAGAUGCAGGCUCAGACGACACUCAUCAACUUCACAGUGACCAGGGAUGGGCUUGAGGAUCAACUUCUGGCCGAAGUGGUGAAGGCAGAGCGACCGGAUUUGGAGGAGUUGAAGGCAGAACUGACAAAACAACAGAAUGACUUCAAGAUCAUGCUGAAGAAGCUUGAGGAUGACCUUCUGUCUCGUCUCUCAUCAGCUGGAGGGAAUUUGUUGGGCGACACGGCUCUUGUGGAGAAUCUGGAGACGACAAAGAAGACGGCGGCAGAAAUUGAGCGAAAGGUAGCAGAGGCGAAAAUAACUUCCCAGGAGAUUGACAAUGCUCGAGAGCAUUACCGUCCAGCAGCAGCACGAGCCAGUUUACUCUACUUCAUCCUCAAUGAUCUCAACACCAUCAAUCCCAUCUACCAAUUCUCCCUGAAGGCAUUCAGUGUGGUCUUCCAGAAGGCCAUCUCCAGAGCAGAUCCUGCAGAGGAAGUGGUGGCGAGAGUGAAGAAUCUCAUUGACUGCAUCUCCUAUUCGGUGUUCCAGUACACAAGUCGUGGACUCUUUGAAUGCGACAAGCUCAUCUUUGCCUCACAGAUGGCCUUCCAGAUACUUCUGAUGAGUGAGGAAAUUUCCCCGAUGGAGUUGGACUUUCUCUUGCGCUUCCCUAUAAAGCCACACGUGACGAGUCCUGUGGAUUUCCUCUCGAACUCCUCAUGGGGAGGAAUUUGUAGUCUGGCGUCGAAGGAUGAGUUCAGGAAUUUGGAUAGGGAUAUUGAGACGUCGUCCAAGAGAUGGAAGAAAUUUGUGGAGUCUGAGUGUCCGGAGAAGGAGAAAUUUCCACAGGAGUGGAAGAACAAGACAGCCCUGCAGAGGCUCUGCAUGAUGAGAGCUCUCCGGCCGGACAGAAUGACAUACGCCGUGGCGGACUUUAUUGAGGAGAAACUGGGCCCGAAGUACGUUGAGAACCGUACGAUGGAAUUUGCCAAGUCAUAUGAAGAGACCAGCCCGUCAACGCCAAUCUUCUUCAUACUAUCGCCAGGAGUGAAUCCACUGAAAGACGUGGAGACUCUUGGGCGACAGCUGGGCUACACUACAGACAAGGGGAACUUCCACAAUGUCUCUCUUGGUCAGGGACAGGAAGUGGUGGCCGAGGCGGCCAUGGAUGAGGCUGCCAAGCAUGGCCAUUGGGUGGUACUGCAGAAUAUUCAUCUGGUGAAGAAGUGGCUGCCGGCUCUGGAGAAGAAGCUAGAGCACUACUCGGAGGGAUCACACGAGAAUUAUCGUGUAUUUAUGAGUGCAGAGCCGGCAGCCACUGCGUCGGCCCACAUAAUCCCUCAGGGCAUCCUCGAGUCUUCCAUCAAGAUUACCAACGAACCACCGACAGGAAUGAUGGCGAAUCUUCACAAGGCGCUGGACAACUUCACGCAGGAGACGCUGGAGAUGUGUGGCAAGGAGGCGGAAUUCAAGGUGAUUCUCUUCGCGCUGUGCUACUUCCAUGCCGUGGUGGCGCAGAGGAGAAAGUUUGGUCCAGCUGGAUGGAAUAAGAUCUAUCCAUUCAACGUUGGUGAUCUCAACAUUAGUGUGAGCGUUCUUUACAACUACUUGGAAGCCAACUCGAAGGUUCCCUGGGAGGAUUUGAGGUAUCUCUUCGGCGAAAUCAUGUACGGUGGUCACAUCACAGACGACUGGGACAGGAGGCUCUGCAUCACGUAUCUGGAGGAGUACAUGCAACCCGAUCUGGUGGACGGAGAGUUGUUCCUCGCCCCUGGAUUUCCUGCGCCGCCCAACACUGACUACUCGGGCUAUCACAACUACAUUGAUGAGACAAUGCCGCCAGAAUCGCCCUACUUGUACGGUUUGCAUCCAAACGCCGAGAUUGGUUUCCUCACCACCACCUCGGAGAAUCUCUUCAGGACGGUCUUUGAGAUGCAACCACGUGAUGCGGGCGCUUCUGGUGGGACCACCGUCACACGUGAGGACAAAGUGAAGCAGAUUCUGGAUGAGAUCAUGGAGAAGUUGCCGGAGGAGUUCAACAUGACGGAGAUUAUGGGGAAGGUGGAGGAGAGGACGCCCUACGUCAUUGUGGCCUUCCAGGAGUGCGAAAGGAUGAAUUAUUUGACCAAUGAGAUCAAGAGAAGCCUCAAGGAAUUGGAUUUGGGGCUAAAGGGCGAGCUGACCAUCACGUCGGAUAUGGAGGAGCUGGAGAACGCCCUGUUCCUCGACCAGGUACCCAUGAUUUGGGCCGUGAGGGCGUACCCGUCCCUCCUGGGCCUUACGUCGUGGUUCGUGGAUCUCCUGCUGCGUCUCCGUGAACUGGAGACGUGGUCAACUGAUUUCGUGUUGCCAGCCUGCGUAUGGCUAGCUGGCUUCUUCAAUCCACAGAGUCUUCUCACAGCUAUUAUGCAAAGUACGGCGCGUAAGAAUGAAUUGCCACUGGAUAAAAUGUGUCUGGUAUGUGAUGUGACGAAGAAGCAAAAGGAAGAUUUCACAGCCGCACCGCGAGAAGGUGCCUACGUGCACGGGAUCUUCAUGGAGGGCGCGCGCUGGGACGUGCAGCAGGGCAUCAUCAUGGAGUCCCGCCUCAAGGAGCUGCAUCCGCCCCUGCCGGUGAUUAACAUUCGGGCCAUCACGCAGGACAAGCAGGACCUGAGGAACAUGUACGAGUGCCCAGUGUACAAGACGCGGACCCGAGGACCCACGUACGUGUGGACAUUCAAUCUGAAGACGAAGGACAAGCCCGCCAAGUGGACUUUGGCUGGCGUUGCACUCCUUCUGCAAGUCUAAAGUGGAAAUCUUGAUGGCGCCAAGAGUCAUCAACGCUAUUAUUACAUGUUAAUUGGCGCCAAGCACGCCACAAAAGAGCUUUCAGCGUAAACUUUUCAUUCAAAUGAUUAUCUAUUGACACUAUCUGGCUGGCAAAAAAGCGCAAUACUACAGAGAUGAAAACAAUCUUGAAUCACUUCGCGAUUGUUUGUGAAUCUCGUGGAAGAGUUUGUAUGUAAUUAAGACGAGAUGAGGAGGAAAAAAAUGUGAUUCACGCUUUUGUGAAUUAAUUUGCACACACGCAGCAUAAUUGUUAAUCAAUUUCCUGACACAGUGUUGUAAAAUGCUAUUUUUGUGAUCAAAUAGAGAUGGAAAAAACCGAUAAAGAGCGUCUCGAGAGUUCAAGAAGGCAGGAGUUCAAGUGAUUUUCAUAUUAGAGGAUGUUUUAUUCAUUUUUUCCUUAGUAUUUCAUUUUUUGUUGACUCUUUUUUUUUCUUUAGUAUAAUUUAUUCUUGCAAGACCUUCGCCAUGAGUGGCGCCUCGUGCAUCUCAUGUUUGGAGUCUUUUCGGUGUCUUGAGAGAUGCUGAAGAGGCACUCUGUACUCCGGUUCCUCUCCAUAUGAGAGGAGUUUGUUGUAUCAUGAAUUUGAUGAAUAAUUCCCGAGAGUGCGCACAUGCCAGCAGGAGCUGGGAAAUUUUCAACACAAUUUGCAAUUGUCGUUGGUGUUUGAAUUGAUCAAGGAGUCCUAAAAUGCACAUAUCAAAUGAGAUACAUUCCCGAGAAGAGAUUGAUUUAUGC